UUCGAACAAAAUCUCCUUUGUCCCGGGGGAGAGAGAAACGGAACAAAACGGGAGGCGAUACUUACCUGCUUUAACAACGAUUCACCGGCGUUGGUGUUUUGAAAAUGUCAAACGCAACAAGCGAGUCCGGAAGUGAUGUCGCCGGUAGCUUGAUAUCCCAACUACAGAGUAUCCAAAACAGAGUCCAGGAAUUGGAGGCUGAGAACGCGAAGCUAUCAUCUCAACUCUCCAAAUGUUGUUGCCAUAAGGGUGUAGAAAGUCAGAGAAAAAACACUGGAGGUGAUAAGACCAGAAAAAAGAAAGCAAUAGAAAGAAAUCCAGGUUAUAAUUUGACAGUUAUGAGUCACCAUCCCAAGAGAUAUGUUGCUCUAAAAGUCAUGUAUUUUGGUCAAAGGUUUUAUGGUUUUGCUUCAGAAGCACAAAUGGAUCCCACUGUUGAGUCUGAAAUUUUCAAAGCUCUCGAGAAAACAAGGCUUUUAGUUGGUGACAGGAAGGAAUCACAGUACUCAAGAUGUGGCAGAACAGAUAAGGGGGUGUCCUCUGUUGGCCAAGUGAUUGCACUGUUUUUAAGGUCAAACCUCAAAGAAACUGAUGCAAACAACAAACUUUCAGGAGAAUUAAUUUCGGAGAUGCAAAUUGAAGGAGAAAUUGAUUAUGUGAGAGUACUGAACCGAGUUCUUCCAAGCGAUAUUCGAAUUUUAGGAUGGAGUCCUGUUUCAAUUGAUUUCAGUGCAAGGUUCAGUUGUUUGUCUAGAGAAUAUAAAUACUUCUUUUGGAGAGGAAAUUUGAAUCUCCCAGCUAUGGAGAAUGCUGGAAAGAAAUUUAUUGGAGAACACGACUUUAGAAACUUUUGUAAGAUGGAUGCAGCCAAUGUACACAACUACAGGCGACGUAUUACACAGUUUGAAAUUUCUUCUUCUAAUAUGAGGUUUGAAGGUGAUCAGCUUUGUGCUAUUAAAGUUAAAGGUAGUGCCUUCCUAUGGCAUCAGGUGCGGUGCAUAGUUGCUGUGCUAUUUAUGAUCGGCCAAGGUCUCGAAUCAGUUGACGUGAUAGAUGUAUUAUUGGACAUUGAGAAGACGCCAAGAAAACCUCAGUAUGCCAUGUCUCCAGAGAUACCACUGGUCCUUCAAUCCUGUGAAUUCGAAGACGUCAAGUUUAUUUGCUCCUCAGAUUCUGGGCAAGCACUGCGUAUACACUUGGAAAAUGAGGGUCGAGCAUACCAGCUGCAAUCAGCAAUUUUUCAGGAAGCUGCUCUGAGUUGCUUGCCUAUAGCAAAUGAUCAGAGCUUACUGAAUGACGGAACAAUCGAGGUCGCUUCCCACAUUCCUCUCUUGUCACGGCCAACUGAGCCAUCGUACAGAGAACGACGUGCCAAACUUGAUUCAAAAAGAUAAAGUGCAAAAUCAUGUGGAGUUGACGCUCUACAGUGUCGACUCAGGUAUCCUUCACAGUACACCUCAAAGUUUAAUAUUUGUGCUAAUGGAAUGAGUGGAAAAUUUUCAUUGUUUGAGUUGUUUGUAACAUGUUUACUUGUGCAAGGAAAUAUGCUACUUUUACAAACGGUUGAAACUUGAUCAUUAUAUUGCU